GAUUCCCUGAUCAGCAACUUGUUACGCUUAAUCCAGACAAUGCGACCACCAGCUAAGCCUUCACAAAGUAAAGUGGUGGAGACGGCUGUUAAAUCCAAAUCGGAUAAGGACAGGCUCAAGGAGCUCUUCCCAGCCCUCUGCAGGCCAGAUAAUCCACCAAGCCGGCUUAUUCUGGAUGAUGAUGACGUCAAGGUAGCCGCAGACGCCAUGAAAGAACUCGAAGCCUUCAUGCCCAGCGUGAGUGGAAGUGAGAAAGUGAGCAGCAAAAGCAGCAGACACCGGUCAGAAAAUGGGAGCAAAAGAAAGAAGCGAAGUCGAAGCCGGGACAGAGAUCGAGAAAGGAGGAAGCGCCACAGAUCCCGCUCCCGCUCUAGGUCUCGUUCUAGAGACCGGGAUAAAGGGAAGUCGAGACGCAGGUCCCGAAGCCGAACGCCAAGUCCAGGACGCAAGUCUCGAGACAAAGGUGCCGAGCGGUGGAAGGACAAACAUGUGGACAGACCACCACCUGAGGAACCCAGUGUCGGGGAUAUUUAUGUGGGCAAAGUCACCAGCAUCAUGCAGUUUGGGUGCUUUGUGCAGCUGGAGGGCCUAAGAAAGCGCUGGGAAGGUUUAGUUCACAUCUCGGAGCUGCGACGUGAGGGGCGCGUUGCCAAUGUUGCCGAUGUGGUCAGCAAAGGUCAGAGGGUCAAGGUGAAGGUGCUCUCCUUCACGGGAUCAAAAACGAGCCUGAGCAUGAAGGAUGUGGAUCAGGAAACGGGUGAGGACCUGAACCCCAACAGACGGCGAAACCUUGGCAAUGAGGGAAAUGAGGAGACCACCAUGCGCAACCCUGACAGACCCACCAACCUUACGCUCGUCAACGCCCCUGAAGUGGAGGACGAUGCCUUGGAGCGUAAACGGCUCACGAAAAUUUCUGACCCUGAAAUGUGGGAGAUCAAGCAGAUGAUCGCAGCAAAUGUUCUCUCCAAAGAAGAGUUCCCUGACUUUGAUGAAGAAACUGGGAUUCUGCCCAAAGUGGAUGAUGAGGAAGACGAGGACCUGGAGAUUGAGCUGGUUGAAGAGGAGCCUCCUUUCCUAAGAGGUCACACAAAGCACAGUGUGGAUAUGAGCCCUGUUAAGAUCGUCAAGAACCCAGAUGGUUCCUUGUCUCAGGCUGCCAUGAUGCAAAGUGCGCUUGCCAAGGAGCGGAGAGAAGUAAAGCAAGCGCAGCGUGAAGCAGAGAUGGACUCCAUUCCCAUGGGUCUUAACAAGCACUGGGUGGACCCCCUGCCUGACGUUGAUGGCAGACAGAUCGCAGCAAACAUGAGGGGCAUUGGCCUGAUGCCGAGCGACAUCCCAGAGUGGAAGAGGCAUGCGUUUGGAGGCAACAAGGCGUCCUACGGAAAGAAGACACAGCUUUCCAUCUUGGAGCAGAGAGAGAGCUUGCCCAUCUACAAGUUGAAGGAGCAGCUCAUUCAGGCUGUGCAUGAUAACCAAAUUCUGAUUGUCAUUGGGGAGACCGGCUCAGGGAAGACCACCCAAAUCACACAGUACCUGGCCGAGGCAGGCUACACCACCCGGGGCAAAAUCGGUUGUACCCAGCCUCGUCGAGUGGCCGCCAUGUCCGUUGCAAAGAGAGUGUCGGAGGAGUAUGGCUGCUGUUUGGGUCAGGAGGUGGGCUACACCAUUCGAUUUGAGGAUUGUACGAGUCCAGAGACUGUCAUCAAAUACAUGACAGACGGUAUGCUGCUACGAGAGUGCUUAAUCGACCCUGAUCUUGGUCAGUAUGCCAUCAUCAUGCUGGACGAGGCUCAUGAGAGGACCAUCCAUACUGACGUACUCUUCGGUCUGCUCAAGAAGACGGUGCAGAAGCGGACAGAUAUGAAGCUGAUUGUGACCUCCGCCACUCUGGACGCUGUGAAAUUUUCUCAGUAUUUCUACGAGGCCCCCAUCUUCACCAUUCCUGGCCGAACGUACCCCGUGGAGAUCUUGUACACCAAAGAGCCAGAGACGGACUAUCUGGAUGCCAGCCUGAUUACGGUGAUGCAGAUCCAUCUCACGGAGCCACCAGGUGAUAUUUUGGUGUUUCUGACUGGCCAGGAGGAAAUCGACACCGCUUGUGAAAUCCUGUAUGAACGGAUGAAGUCCUUGGGUCCUGACGUGCCAGAGUUGAUCAUCUUGCCCGUCUAUUCAGCUCUGCCCAGCGAGAUGCAGACUAGGAUCUUUGAUCCUGCGCCUCCUGGCAGCAGAAAGGUAGUCAUCGCUACUAACAUUGCUGAGACCUCGCUAACCAUUGAUGGCAUUUAUUACGUAGUUGACCCAGGGUUCGUCAAACAGAAGGUCUAUAAUUCAAAAACUGGCAUCGAUCAGCUUGUGGUGACUCCAAUUUCUCAGGCCCAGGCGAAGCAGAGAGCCGGUAGAGCAGGCAGGACCGGCCCAGGAAAGUGUUACAGGCUCUACACAGAGCGUGCAUACAGAGAUGAGAUGCUGACCACCAACGUGCCAGAGAUCCAGCGGACCAACUUGGCCAGCACCGUGCUGUCACUCAAGGCCAUGGGCAUCAAUGAUCUGCUUUCGUUUGAUUUCAUGGAUGCCCCUCCGAUGGAAACCCUAAUCACAGCAAUGGAGCAGUUGUAUACUCUGGGAGCUCUGGAUGACGAGGGCCUUCUUACACGACUAGGCCGGAGGAUGGCGGAGUUUCCUCUUGAGCCGAUGCUGUGUAAGAUGCUCAUCAUGUCUGUCCACUUGAGCUGCAGUGAAGAAAUGCUCACCAUCGUGUCUAUGCUGUCGGUGCAGAACGUCUUCUACAGACCCAAGGACAAACAAGCCCUAGCAGACCAAAAGAAGGCCAAGUUUCACCAGCCUGAAGGGGACCACCUCACCUUGCUUGCCGUCUACAAUUCUUGGAAAAACAAUAAAUUCUCCAACCCUUGGUGCUAUGAGAACUUUAUUCAGGCCCGCUCCCUGCGGAGGGCACAGGAUAUCCGUAAGCAGAUGCUGGGCAUCAUGGAUCGGCAUAAACUGGAUGUGGUGUCCUGUGGCAAGGCAACGGUGAGGGUACAAAAGGCGAUUUGCAGUGGCUUUUUCCGGAACGCUGCCAAAAAGGACCCACAGGAGGGCUACCGGACUCUCAUCGAUCAGCAGGUGGUCUACAUUCACCCCUCCAGUGCGCUGUUCAACAGGCAGCCAGAAUGGUAGGUUGGCAGGGCAGGUUUG